AUGGCGGUGCCCGCUUUUGCCUUGAGCGAGAUUAAAAAGUCGUGGAACCGAGAGCCUGCAUGGGGCAGUAUUUAUGGACGCUUCGAUCCUAAGUUCUACGAGUUUAACGCGGACACUCCUACCUCGUUACUCGAAGCUGGUUCAAUCCAAUGGCUAUGGCUGGAACAGACUGGAAAUGGAAGCGAUCAAUACAACAGCAUCACUGAAAAGCUUAUCACGGCUUGGCAACGCAAUCUCACCCAUAUCCAGCAGACGUUGGGACACAAGCCUGUGGUUCAUUUCGCUGUAGGCGAAGGAGAAUGUUCGGGGGAGGAUGCCUUUAAUGUGAUGUUCUUGAUGGAUACUUGCCAGCAGGCGGGCUGGCAGACGAAGGCACUUACAGUUGAAGAGAUCUCUAUCUCGAAGAAUGAUGGACGAUUUUACGAUGCAAACGGCGACCAUCUAGACGUCGUCUUUGAGCUCUACCCGUGGGAGUUUAUGGUGCAGGAGGAAUUUGCACGGCCUUGCUUCCGGGAUAUGGAGAAGAUUGGCUUGCAUGACGAAGCAGGAAACUAUGUUGGAGGAACCAUUUGGAUUGAGCCGCCGUACAAAAUGUUGUGGAGCAACAAGUCACUCUUCGCCAUCCUGUGGAGACUGUUCAAAGACGACCCGAGGGGGAAGUGGCUUCUCCCGACGUAUGUCAAUGAGGCACCCUCUUCAAUGACGAGUUUUGCACGCAAGCCAAUCUUUGCGCGAGAGGGUGCCGAUGUUGUUUUGCAACGUGAUGGCAAAGUUAUACAGGAUGCAUCUACGGGAGAUUACGGCGCUGAAGGGUAUGUUGUGCAGGAGCUUGCUCUACUUCCAGAGUUCAGGGCCGCGGAUGGAAACACAUACUACCCUGUGAUAGGAUUGUGGUUCAUCGACGGCGAUCCCGCAGGUAUGGGAAUCCGUGAAGACCGGACACCGAUUACGACAAACACGUCAGUCUUUAUUCCGCACUCGAUUGAGGGUGGACCAGCGACGUACGAGAAACAGAGAAUCCCUGACAACGAGGAAAUUGAGGAGCAAAUGAGAGUAGCUCCGUUUUUUGACUCGUUUGAUUGGGAAGAGAAUGAGAUUGUGAGCUUCAUGAAAAAGAUUGUUCUUAGUUGA